AGAAGCCUUUGAAGCCUUGGCAGACUACAACCUGCAAGAAGUGCCAUUCUACGAAGCGCCCCGACCGUCAAAACUGCGUAAAACAGUCACCUUCCUACCUUCAUACACCCAAAAUGUCGAAGACCCCACAAUCAAUAUGAUCCUCAAAGAAGAACCCGAGGAGAUUACCCAGCAACGAGGAAUUCGCAAAGUGCCUUCAUUAAAUGACCUCUCCGACGAAGAAGCAUCUCUGGAACUUCCUGCCCAAGUUCCGCCCUUAACUCCGGGAACAAAUAAGAAAAUGUCAGAAGCCUUGAAAGCCUCAUUUGCGUCAUGGGAGAAAGAACAAAAGUUUUUGUGUAUCAACAAAGACCCCAGGCAGUGGACAGAGGAUCAUGUCGCGCAUUGGCUAAAAUGGGCUGCAAAAGUUCUCUUUAAAGUAUUUCUUUAGAAGGUUUCAAUUCAAUCUUUGAUGAGAGGUCGUGAUAUGUGCGCUUUGGGAAGAGAGAACUUCUUGGCCAGAGCACCUCCUUUUACUGGUGAUUUGUGGGAGCAUUUAGAAAUCCUGCAGAAAGAUUUAGAAACUACGACAUCUUUCAAAAUGCCGUCUGAUAUUUAUGAAUCAGUUUGUGCACCUGAUAUGUCUUCCUUCCUACAACAAGCAGCCCAAGACCUGAUGAUGCCCAUGCAUAGAGGGUACCCUUUAAAGGAAGAAGCUGCUGCUUAUGGCUUACGAACCAUUGAUGACUUAUGUGCGGUUUCUAAUGAAUAUCAGCCACCAGCUGCACACAUGAAAACUAACAUGUAUCAGCAACAUCCAUAUCCUGAGCCAACGAGAGGAGAUUUUUAUAACAUGCAAGAAAAAUAUUUCCAGAAACAAACAAAUCCUUAUCAACGCUACCCGGAUCCUUAUGGCUUUCCAUCUCCUCCAUCAGUGCCUUAUCAACAACCUGGACCAGAACCAACAUACACACAGCUACCGGAGAAACCAAUGAACCAAUUUAACAACACAAGUGGACCUGUUCAAGGGCCAUGUUUUACUGGAUCAGGUCCAAUCCAAUUAUGGCAAUUCUUAUUAGAAUUGUUGACUGAUAAAACUUGUCAAGCAUUUAUUUCAUGGACUGGUGAUGGCUGGGAGUUCAAGCUGACAGACCCAGAUGAGGUGGCAAAACGCUGGGGAAUAAGAAAGAAUAAACCAAAAAUGAACUAUGAAAAAUUAUCGAGAGGUUUGAGGUAUUAUUAUGAUAAAAAUAUCAUCCACAAAACUGCAGGCAAGAGAUACGUUUACAGAUUUGUUUGUGAUUUACAAAAUUUGUUGGGCUAUACUCCUGAAGAGUUACAUGCAAUGGUCGAUUUGAAACCAGAACAUAAAGAUGGCGAAGAAUGAAGAAAUAGA